CACCACCCACUCUGCUGUGAGACUGACUUUAUGGAUAUGCAAUGUCUAGGACUGGUUUUAUUGAUGGGAAUUCCUUGUAUUGACAUGUCGUGUUCAUGCAACAAUAGAUAAUUUGUCAUCCAAGAAGCAAGCCAUAAGAGCUGAAAACUUACUUGAUUCAUCGCCAAGUUGAUUCAUGUUUAUUUCUCGCAGUUGCUCCUAUCUAGCACAUCAAGUCUGUCAUUGCCGUCAGAGUUCUCGAUUCCUACGGCCGUUAUCAACUAUGGAUUUCCCACAGAACGAGAUUCGGCUUCUGGUAGCUAAUAAGCCUACUUUCUACGUGAAACUAGACGUUGAGUCGGCCAAGAAAGCCGAUGAACUGUUGGAGGACAACCACCGAAGCAAUCACAUCUUUUUCAACAAUGAAGGGUUCCAUAACCACAUCGUACAUCAUAUCCUUUCUCUCUAUGCGCUAGGAGCCAGUCCUGCGGCGCUUGAGUCUCACUAUGCUCACAACAAGGCAUAUCAACGCCCUCCAUUCAAGGUUGAGGAGCGCGUCGUCCAAGAUAUGUCGGAACCAGAACAAUUUAUACAAUUUCUGGGACAAGAGAAGUAUUACCAUGACUUCGUGGUAUUCUUCGAGAAGGAGAUGGAGAAGAAAGGCUGGCAGCAAGUUCUUCAGGACUACCUUUUUUCAGAGGACGAGAGAAGCCAGCAACUUCUGGUGCGGACGUUCGCAGGUUUCAUACAUCCACUGAUUCAUCUAGGAUUUGGCAUUGAAUUUGGUCAACCGGUCAUCAUUGCUGAGGCUCUAGCACAAGCUGCAGUUCACGACGAAUGGAUCGGGAAAUACCUCCUACCAGCAGAAAAGGCUGCCAAAGUGAAUCCGAAACCGAAAUCGUUGUUCCAGUUGCUCCAGGAUACAUAUAGCGACAAGAAGAUUCAGGAUUCUACAAGAUGGAAAGACCCAAACAAGGUUCGAGACGGGAUUUUGAUACGAGCGCCUGACGAGAUGAUUGCUCUGGCGAGUCAGUACAUUGUGAAGGAAGCUGAACUGGAAGAGAAGACAGCGGAGAUGAUCAACAUAACCGCCUACUUCACCGGCGCUGCCCAACGUCCUCCUCAUACCGAAAAGGUCGAUUUCUUCCUCAUGCACUCCCUGAAUUCGUCCAUUUUCUUUUCGGCAUUCCUCAAAGCAGAUUGGCUCGCUACUGCGCAUAAGAUCCGUCUCCUUGAAUGGAAAGGUCGAAUGGAUCUCGCAUUGUAUGCGAGUCGUGGAAAUGCCAGGCUCGACAUCCGGGAGAUCUCCGAGUAUCGACCCCGUGGGGGAUUGUCAAGCAAGCCGGAGCCUGAGCAAUGGCAAUCCUGCUUUGAUGCGGCAGUGCGUUUCGAAGACGAUGGCCACUUCUGCAAGCUUAUCCGAGCGAUUGCUAACGGCAAGGCUGCUUGCGAGAAAUUCCAGGAUGGCAAGGAUUUCCCGAUCAAGUCCGACAUGUGGAUCAAGUUGGCUCAACUAGCCACUGACUCUGUCUCCGUUGAUGGCCCCACCUGGGUUCGGGGUGCCGGAUUCGCUGAUGCAUGGAAGGAUGUUCCUCUGCGAGAAAUCGGUCGGUUGUAGGGUUGUAUGGAGUGGGUGGCGUAUGAUUCUACUUCGAUCAGCGUCAGAAUGAGACGAUACCUAUAACUAUUGUUCAAACCUACUUUGUUUGUCUCGGGAUUUCGGUCUCUUCUUUUCAGUCUUUCAUUCUCUGCGUCUCCCUGAUCUUUAUGACAUAUUGAUACAGAGAUUCGAUGACAGCUUCAGACAGGAACUAUUUGUAUCCCAUCAUGGUGGCCCACCAAUCUUGCAGGCCAAGGAGACUCAUUUGCCCCGCGAAUUCGUGAAUCGAGCCAUAUUCAUAGAUCCCUCUAGUGGGACUUU